AUGGCACUGUGUAUCAGUAUGAUUUCCGACAUUGUCCCUCCAAAACUGAAUUGGCAGAUUAAAGUUCGUGUACUAAGAUUGUGGAAAGUCCAUUCUUGGAAUGACCACAAUACUAUUACCAGUUUAGAAAUGAUUUUGCUUGAUGACAAAUGUUCAAGUAUCAAAGCUUCGGUGAAAUCGGCCCUCAUCGGUGAAUUUGACUCAAAUCUUGAAGAGGGAUUUUGCUAUAUUAUUUCUAGGGUUAAUAGGCAUUUACACCCUUAUGUGAUUGGUCACGUGAUUAAAAAGUUUGACAUGAAGGAAUCAAUGCGAAGUGGAAUUAGAGUUAAACUGUUGGAUAUUACAUUGGAAGUUUUGGAAGGAAAUAAUGUUGAUUGUACUUUGUGGGCUGAACAUGCUGAACAAAUGAACCAUUAUUUAACCGAUAAUGGUUAUGAUAAUUCGAUAAUAGUCAUUUUACAGUUGUGUAAGCCUAAAAUUUUCCAAUCAAUUCAUGGCAUUUCAAAUGCCUUUCAUGGUACAAAAAUCUUUAUUAACAGCGAUCUAAAGGAAUCUCUUGAAUACAAAGAGAAGUUGGAGAAUGGAAAUAAUUCACUGAACCAAGUGAUUAGUUAUGUAUCUGGCCAAAGCAACAAUGCUUCAAUGGAUGAUUUUCUUAAACAUCCAAAAAUGAAUAUUUUUGAGGUUCUUCAAUGUUCUAAGGUUUCCAUUGGAGUUGUUCUUGCUAAAAUAAUUGACUUCGACCACACCAAGAAAUGGUAUUAUCAAGCAUGUACUAAAUGUGCAAAGAGUGUACGCACAAAAAGUGGAGAGUUGUAUUUUUGUGAAAAUUGUGUCGAUGUUCUUCCAGCGAAUCCAAGAAUUAAGAUACAUGUUCAAGUUGCUGAUGUUAGUGGUUCUUCGACUUUUAUACUCUUUGACCGAGUGGCUACUCAAGAAUUAGAAAAUCCACAUAUAAACCUAUUUGAGGAUAAUGAUGUCACUUCAUGGCCUGCUGUUUUUAAUUCAUUGUUGGACAAGACUAUGCUCUUCAAGAUUCAGGUUUCCAAGGGUAAUAUUGAAAAUAAGUGGCAAAGCUAUACUGUGAUGAAAAUCACUAUGGAUCAAAAUUUGAUUGAUCAGUUCAAAAUGAAACAUGGCAUGAUGAAUGUAAGAUGGCAUGAAACACCUUAA